CCCAAUGAUAAAUAAAUUUUGCCGGACGUGACCAAAAAAGAUAAAAAGAUUUAUUUAUUUGACUAAAAAACUCCGUUGAUCGUAAUUUUUUCUUGGAGGAAACUAUAAAAUUUGAGUGUUUAUCUAUCCUUGAGUUGGUGUUUUAUGUGAUUUUCAAGUGUCGCUCUGGGAAUAUGUUCAAUUUCACCUCUUUGACUUGAAACUGCAAUCAAAGGUUCUCAAGAAACUCUGGGAAAAAAUCAAUUAUUUUGCAAAUCGUGACGUUCGUGAGAAUCUUUGGAGGUGCAAAAGAAAGUUUUUAUAAAAGAAAUUCAAUGUGGGACAUUGGAGAAAUGUGGAUUACACCGUUGGAGCUCCUCUACUGCGGCAUGAUUGCAGGGUUGUGGUUCCUGGGACUCCUUGUGGGUGUCCUGGAACCACAUUUGCCAACUCCACUCAUACAAAUCUAUCGCUAUGGGAAGCACGCAUUGAAGAAGCAUCGUCAUGCUGUUGUGGAUCGUCUGGAAGUGCCCAAAUCCUCCUUCCGGCACUUUUACGUCUUUGCCGUUGGGAUCACUGGACUCACUUUUUACCUCAUCUUACGCACGUAUUUGGGUGAAGAGGCGCCGCCGGAAGUUGUCAUGACAUUACUGGAUUUUCUCUGUGGAACAAAACGGACAGCAAAGGGAAGCGGCGUUGGAACACUCCUGGCCAGUUUUUGCAUCUUCCUGCAAUGCCUACGACGUUUCUGGGAGACACACUUUGUGCAGGUUUUUUCUCGCUCCAGUCGCAUAAAUAUCGUACACUACCUCGUGGGCUAUGUGCACUACUUGGGGGCCACACUGGCAAUCUUGGCACAUGCUCCGGGCUUUGUUGUACCCACUGAGGAAGUCUCCCUGUCAAUGGAUCAACUUACAUUGCGUGUUGUCCUUUCCGGGGGAACGUUCCUCUUCGCCUGGUGGCAUCAGUGGCGCUCCAAUGAGAUCCUUGCACGCCUCCGGAAGAAUCAAACUGGACAAGUUGUCACGGAGAAGCAUUUAAUGCCGAAGGGGGGAUUUUUUGACGUCGUCUCUUCGCCUCAUAUGCUCUUUGAGUGCCUCAUGUACGUCUCCCUUGUUCCUGUGCUUUCCGGAAAUACAGAUUGGCUCCUCGUGACAGCAUGGGUGGUCACAAAUCAGGCACAAGUGGCACAUUUCACUCAUGCCUGGUACCGCGAGACAUUCCCACACUACCCAAAAGCACGCAAAGCCCUCAUUCCUGGGAUUUUUUGAAGAUCCCCUCUGAUUGUUCCGGAAGAUGGGAAUUUAUGUGCCAUACUCGACAAUAUCAUAGCAUUCUCUGAACUUUUUGAGGCUUAUCCACGCACCAAACAUCCCACAGCUAGCAGCUAAUCAAAGAUAUUCAAUAGACUGAGAAGAUUUUUUUAUUUAAAAUUCAAUAAAAGUCUGACUUUUGACAAAAA